AUGAGGCAGGCCGCGCUGGCCGAGGGAUCUACGGGGAACCUUCUACGGCUGAGCGUGGCGGAGCGGGAGCGCUCUCGGCGGCGUCGGCGCGACCCGGGGCGCGACGAGUUCUUCGUGCCAACGCCGGAGUCGCUUAAAUGGCUCGACUCCGUCACCCUGCCCAUGAUCCUCACCGCCGCCGCCGUCGCCCUCUUCACCAAGCUCCUCAUGAUGGUUUGUCGUGUAGCCUGCAGAAAAAUCGGCUCCGUCGGGCGAGAUGCAGGAGAUAGGAAAAAAGGAGAGAUAAAGAGAAAUCAAUUAGAGAGAUGCAGUUGGCUGGCUACCUGGGCCGAGGAGGAACAUGAAGCUACAGACCAAGAAAGGAGGGAACGCAAGAUAAAGAAUAGUCACCCUGAGCAAGGAACAGUAAGGAUGCUUUCGCGUGAAGAGUGGGAUGAAAUCCAAGAAGUCAGGCCAAGGACCCCUUUUGAAUCAAAGUUAGCUCGUCCACAUGCCCGCUUAAGAACUGGGGAAAAAAUGCGGCUGGAGGAUGCCAAGGAUUGGGCUGUUGAUGUGCUGACUGAUGCUUUCACUAGAGCGGAAGAGAGUGCUAAGCGGAAGUGA